AGGGAAGGGAAAGGAAGGAGUGGGGAUCAAGCGGGGAGUGAGAUGGGAUGGACGUGGAAUCAAAAGAGAUGGACAAAGAUGGAGAGGGGAUGGAGAUGGGAAAGACAGGAGCUAGGAUGUAGCAGGGAAGUAACAGGAUGGAGCCAGAUGGGAGCAAAUAUGGAGAGGGAAUGGAGCGAGGAUGGAGAGAGAUGGAGAGGGGAUAGACUGGAGGUGGACUGGGGAUGGAGGUGGGAAGGGAAGGAGGGUGGAAGGAUCUGAUAUGAAGAAGAUGUGGAGAGGGGAUGGAGUAGUGAAGAAAUGGAGAUAGGAAUGGUGUUGGAUAGGUGCAGACAGGUGGACAGAGGUGCAGAGAGAAGGAGUGCAAAGGCAGUGGGGAUGAAGAUAGGAUGCAGCAGGAAAGAAGCAGGGAUGGGGAGGGUUGCAGCAGGGAGGGAGCUGGGACACAGCCCCCAUCCCCAAACCCAGCAGCGGGGUUGGUGCUGGUGGUGAUGUGUUGCCCUGUUCCCCAGCCCCAUACCCACUGCGCCUGGUUGGGGGCCCCGGGCGCUGCGCAGGGCGCGUGGAGCUGCUGCAUACUGGGCGCUGGGGCACAGUCUGUGAUGAUGGCUGGGGGCUGCCGGAUGCGGCCGUGGUCUGCAGGCAGCUGGGCUGUGGGGCUGCGCUGGUUGCACCUGGCGGGGCAUUUUUCGGUGAGGGUACUGGCCCCAUCUGGCUGGACAAUGUGCGGUGCUGGGGGAACGAGUCGGCGUUGCUGCAGUGCCCAGCUGCACCACUGGGCAUCACUGACUGCCACCACCGGGAGGAUGCAUCCAUCGUUUGUGCAGAUGAGCUUACCGUGGUAGACCGCAUGCAGCCUGCUCCCGAACAGCUGCCCACCAGGUCAUUGCUGGUGUCCCCCUCUGCUGUGCCACGCGUGAGUGCCCGGCCCCGCAGCACCAGCUCCCUGCAGCCUACGCCAAGCAGCCAGCCCACGGCAGGAACGUCACGGAAGGCUCCAUUCCUGCUGCGCCUGGCUGGGGGACCCGGGCGCUGUGCAGGGCGCGUGGAGCUGCUGCACGCCGGGAGCUGGGGCACGGUCUGCGAUGAUGGCUGGGGGCUGCUGGAUGCGGCUGUGGUCUGCAGGCAGCUGGGCUGUGGGGCUGCACACAAAGCCCUCCGCAGCGCCCACUUUGGCCCUGGCACCGGCCCCAUCUGGCUGGACGAGGUGAAGUGCAGUGGGACAGAAGCUGCAUUGUGGCACUGCCCAGCUGAGCCUUGGGGCAGGCACAACUGUGAUCACCAAGAGGACGCCGCUGUCAUCUGCACAGGGCCUGAAGACUUGUCACCUAUGGGGACUUCCCCAUCUCCCCCAGGAUGGGACCCAGCCAGCACCAUCCCCCAACGUCCCCUAGGACAGGUUCUGGCCACAAUCAUUCCCACACGUCCUCAAAGACAGGAUCCAGCCACCACUGUCAUUAGAACCACUGCACGAUCCACAGGUCAGGAUCCAGACACCAAUGUUCCCAGCACCACUGCACGAUCCUCAGGAGAGGAUCCUGCCAUCAGUGUCCCCAGCACCACCACACGAUCUGCAGGACAGGGUCGAUUCAAUGCCACUUCAACCAAAGCAGGGCGAGAUCCCAUCCGUAUCAUCAGGAUCACCCGACUCAAAGCAGAACAGGAUCCAGUCGGCAUUAUCCAGAGCACCAAGCCCAAGGCGGCUGGUGUCACCAGGCUGAAGGCAGGGCGGGAGCCUGGUGGCCCCACCAGGUCCAAAGUGGGAUGGGAUCCAGCUGGCACCAACAGGUCCAAGGUGGGACGGGAUUCAGUUGGCAUCAACAAGACCAAAGUGGGACUGGAUCUGGUUGGCACCAACAGGUCAAAGGUGGGACGAGAUUCAGUUGGCAUCAACAAGACCAAAGUGAGAUUGGAUCCAGCUGGCACCAACAGGUCAAAGGUG